AUGAAGAUGCUGCUGCUGUUGUUGCUGCUGGAACAUGCUGCAGCUCAACAGAGAGGUCUGUUCCCAGCCAUCUUGAACCUAGCCAGUAACGCAGAGAUCAGCAGCAACGCAACAUGUGGAGAUCCAGAACCUGAAGUUUACUGUAAACUGGUCGAACACGUUCCAGGACGACCGAUCAAGAACCCACACUGCCCGAAAUGUGAUGCCAACUCCGUCCUGUCCAAAGAGCGUCAUCCAAUCACAAAUGCCAUUGAUGGGACGAAUCAGUGGUGGCAAAGUCCAAGUAUCAAGAACGGACGACAGUUUCACUGGAUCACCAUCACACUGGACCUCAAACAGGUUUUUCAAGUCGCCUACAUCAUCAUCAAGGCAGCUAACUCUCCCCGGCCAGGUAACUGGAUCUUGGAACGCUCUCUAGACGGUGUGACCUUUGACCCCUGGCAGUUUUAUGCCAUCAGUGACUCUGAGUGUUUGUCUCGUUACAACGUGACGCCACGACUCGGACCGCCGACCUACAAGACUGACACAGAAGUCAUCUGCACGUCUUACUACUCCAGACUGAACCCUCUGGAACAUGGAGAGAUCCACACCUCUCUGAUUAACGGCCGACCUGGGGCAGACGAUUUGACCUCUGACCUCCUGAACUUCACAUCAGCUCGUUACAUCAGACUGAGGCUACAGCGAAUCAGAACGCUCAAUGCCGACCUGAUGACCCUGAGCGCCCGUGACCCCCGAGACAUCGACCCCAUCGUCACCCGAAGGUAUUAUUAUUCCAUUAAAGACAUAUCUGUAGGCGGAAUGUGUAUCUGUUACGGCCAUGCGCAAAGCUGCCCACUGGACCAUGUUACCAAGAAGCUGCAGUGUGUGUGUGAACACAACACCUGUGGCGAGAGCUGUAACGAGUGUUGCCCGGGUUACCACCAGCAGCCAUGGCAACCAGGAACUGUCUCAGAGGGAAACACAUGUGAAAAAUGUAACUGUCACAACAAAGCAGUUGACUGUUUCUACAAUCAGACUGUCUCUGAACUCUUUUUGAGUUUAAACACUCGUGGCGUUCGUCGGGGAGGCGGAGUCUGCAUCAACUGUCAACAAAACACCGCUGGCGUUAACUGUGAAACCUGCAUCGCUGGAUACUACAGACCUGCUGAGGUUUCUCCAUAUUCAGACUCUCCUUGUGUUGAGUGUAACUGUGAUCUGAGAGGAUCAGAGUCUUCAGUCUGCACCAGAGACGACACACAGCCAGGUGUGUCUGCAGGUCAGUGUGUGUGUAAGGAGGGUUUUACAGGUCGACAGUGCGAUCGUUGUGCGUUUGGAUACAGAGAUUUUCCUCUGUGUGUUCGAUGUGAGUGUAACCUCUCCGGCAGCAUCAACACAGACCCCUGCAGCCCCUGCAUCUGCAAGAUGAACGUGAUGGGAGCUCACUGUGAUCUGUGUAAGCCGGGUUUCUACAACCUGCAGGAGAAUCAUCCACUCGGCUGCACAGACUGUUUCUGCUUCGGUGUUUCUGAUGUCUGCGAGAGCUCCGCCUGGUCCACGGCUCAGGUGUUUCAUAGAGAUGCUUUGCUCCAACCCUCUCUGUCCAUCCACACCCCCUCUGUUGUCCAUGGCAACGACCUCACCAUCCCCAGCAACAUCUCCUCUGGCCACGCCUACCAACAAGUGCUGUCGUGGACAGCGCCCGACAGGUUCCUUGGCAACAAGCUCAUCUCCUAUGGAGGUUUCCUGAAAUACACGGUGCUUUACGACAUCCCCUUGGACAAUGAAGACCAUUCUCUCCCCGCCGACUCUGACAUCGUCAUCGAGGGAAAUGGUCGGGCUCUUCGUCUCUCUCCUCCUCUCCUCCUCUUCCUCUCUCCACUGGCAGAGCGCCUUGUUACCAUUGUGAUUGCUGAGUGGCAAUUCCUCGACAUAAAGACAGGCACUCACAUCACCCGUGAUGACCUGCUGUCAGUCCUCGCUGACGUGACAUCACUGACAGUCAGAGUUCACCUGAACAUCUCUGCCAGCGGGCCGAUACGUCUCAGUUCAGUGUCUCUGGACUUUGCUGACUCUGGCUCAGUUUCUGGCAUUCAGGCGGUUGCCGUGGAGAUGUGUGAAUGUCCGUGGGGUUACACUGGCACUUCCUGUGAGGCAUGUCUGCCAGGUUUCUACAGGGUGGGAGGAGUUUUGUUUGGAGGGAACUGUAUGCAGUGUGAAUGCAACGACCACGCCACAGAGUGUGACAUUAAUGGAGUUUGUUUGGAUUGUACCCAUAAUUCCACUGGUCCUCACUGCGAUCAGUGUCUUCCUGGUUUCUAUGGCGACGCCACAGAGGGGACAGCAGAUGACUGUCGGUUGUGUCCAUGUCCACUGACAGAGCCAUCCAACAGUUUCAGUCCCACCUGUGUUCUGGAGGCAUCUGGCCAGGUGUCAUGUGAUCAGUGUCAGGAGGGAUACACAGGAACCAAUUGUGAGAGGUGUGCCAGUGGCUUCUAUGGUAACCCACAAGUUUUGGGUGGGGCCUGUGUCCGCUGUCACUGUCACGGUAACGUAAACAUCAGCGAGGCAGGGCACUGUGACACCAUCACUGGGGAGUGUCUGCGUUGCCUUGGCAACACUGCUGGGAGACACUGUGAGGUCUGUCAGCCUGGUUACUAUGGAGACGCCAUGCACGCCAAGGACUGUCAGGAGUGCAGCUGUGAUGUCAGUGGCUCCGUCUCCAGCGUGUGUGAUGUCACAACAGGUCGUUGUUUGUGCAGAGAGAACGUGACGGGACAUACCUGUGAUCGCUGCCAGUCUGGAUAUUUUGGGCUGCAGAGUGGGAGGGGCUGCCAGGCCUGUGGCUGCAGCCAAUCAGGAUCUCUUUCCGAGUCAUGCGAUGAGGAGGGGCAGUGCCUAUGUGUGGAGGGCGUGACUGGCGACAAGUGUGACCGCUGUAGCCGUGGUUACUAUGGUUUCUAUGCCGAUGGCUGCACAGCAUGCACCUGUGACCACACUGGAGGGAACUGUGACCCCGACAGUGGUGAGUGCAUCUGCCCCCCCCACACAGAGGGAGACACCUGCGAUGUGUGUGAGACAGGCUACUGGGGUCACGACCCCACGACAGGCUGCAAGCCAUGCAGCUGCAGCACCGCAGGAAGCUCCACCCCUCAGUGUGAUCUGACCAAUGGACAGUGUCACUGCAGAGAAGGGUUCUCUGAGAAGUCAUGUGACCAGUGUGCCCCUGGUUACCAUGGUUACCCAGAAUGCUCGCCAUGUGGAUGUGAAAUGGCGGGAACAGAAGAGAAGUUCUGCAACACAACGCUGGGAGUGUGUGACUGUCAACACACUGGAGAGUGUGUGUGCAAGGCUGGUGUGUCCGGGCGACGCUGUGAGGAGUGCGUCUCUGGUUCGUUUGCUCUGUCAGCUGAGAAUCCAGACGGCUGCUCUCAGUGUUUCUGUUCAGGACUCAGCAGAGACUGUGAGGAGCAGGGAGGACUCCAUAGAGUACCUAUCACCCUGGCUCACGCUCCCAGUCUGUUGUCACUGGUCAGUCAGUCUAACCUGCAGGGGGGCAUAUCUGGAGUUUACCAAGAUGGCGGCGACAUGCUGCUUGACACCAGACAGCUCAACACCAGCAGGCUUGCCGGUCCACUCUACUGGAGACUGCCCCCCCAGUUCGAAGGCCAGAAGCUGCUGUCCUACGCUGGCCUGCUGUCUUAUAUCAUCACGUUUUACGCUGAGGACGGCUCGGGGCUGUCCAACCAGGAACCUCAGGUCCUGAUGAGGGGGGGGACCCUGAGGAAGCUGGUGAUAUACACUGACAUGGCUGCACCUAGAAGUGGCAUCAGGACACAGCAUGACAUCAGGAUGACAGAGCACAAGUGGAAGUAUUUUAACUCAGUGUCAGAGAAGUCAGUGAGUCACGCUGACUUCAUGUCCGUCCUCAGUAACAUUGAGUACGUCAUCAUCAAGGCUUCGUACGGGACCGGACUGCAGCAGAGCAGGAUCUCUAACAUCACCAUGGAGACAGCAGUGGAGGCGGAGUUAGAGGAGGUGUCAGAGGUCGAAGAGGCUGUGGCCAGAUUGAUUGAGUCCUGCGUCUGUCCACCUGGAUACACUGGACUGUCCUGUCAGGACUGUGCUGCGGGUUUUUUCCGCCAGCCUUUGUCUGAGCUGUCGUCUCAGAGUCUGAAGUCAUUGUUUGUUCGUCCGUGUGUUCGAUGUCGCUGCAACAACCACAGUGAGAGCUGCGACACAGAGACCGGAGAGUGUCAGAGCUGUCAGCAUCACACCAGUGGACAGAGCUGUGAGCUAUGUGCCCCAGGGUAUUAUGGGAAUGUCAGCGGCUCCAUCAGUGACUGCUCGCUGUGUGCUUGCCCCCUACAGGACAACAGUUUCAGUCCCACUUGUGUGUCAGAGGGAGUGUUUGGUGAUUUCCGCUGCACCGACUGUCAGACAGGAUAUGAAGGGCGAUACUGUGAGAGGUGCUCUGUUGGUUACUAUGGUAACCCAACGUUACCAGGUGGGGUGUGUUCAAGGUGCAGCUGCAGCGGGUGGGGCUCCCUGCAGCCGCUGUGCGACAUGCUGAGCGGACAGUGUGUGUGUAAGGCCGGUGUCAAAGGUCAGUCCUGCGACCAGUGUGAGGAAAGACACAUCCUGCACGGAAGAGAGUGUGUAUCAUGUGAUGACGAGUGCACCGGCGUUCUGUUGGAUGACUUGGAAAAAAUACACAACCGUUUUCUGUCCGUCAACCUGAGUGGCGUUGCAAUGGCACCGUAUCGCCAGCUAGUGCUGCUGGAAAACCACACCAGAGACAUCCAGGUAAAUAAAAUAAUGACCUCCAAUGCGUUGCGUCUCUCCAGAGUAGAAGACAAGCUGAAUGAUUUGACUUCUGAUGUCAGCACUCUGCUGCAGCAGGUCACACAUCUGUCAAAUGACCUAGGGAAAGUGGGCAUGUCCACCAAGGACAGUCUUUCCCAGGGUGCACUGCUGCUGGAGAACAUAAGUAGCCUUCAGGACAGCAUCCAGGUGCUUCAGAGGGAGGCAGGGCACCUAAACCAGACCACAGAGGAAGAGCUCAGUUCAGCCACUCAAACGCAUCUGUUGGGGGAGGUGGAGUCCAUGUUGGAAACCAUCAGAGCUAUCAACCUAUCGACUGCUAAUGCUACAGCCAAUCAGGAGCUGCGCCUCGCCGAGUCUGUCGUUCACUCCCUGCAGACACUCUUCCUGUCCAGCAUGGUGGCGCUUGACGAAAAGCUCCACCCCCUGUCCACCUCCCUCUCCGUUGGCAUUGAAACGCUGCAACAUGCGCACACACAGAUGAACAAUGCUGCACGACGAAUCACACAAACACACACUCUGCUGGACGCCGCACACACUCUGCUGCACCAGUAUCAGUUUGUCCAUCAGAACCUGAGUGCUCAGUGUUUGUUUGUGGACGGAGUGAUGGAGGACAGUCAGCUGCUGCUGGACGAUACCGUCAGCCUGGCGGAGAAGUUAACAAACACCACUGCACAGGUGGAGGUGUUCAGUGGUCAGUUGGAUCAGUGGCGCCCUCUGCUGAGGAAACAGGUUGAUGGUUUGGUUGUUGGACUGAAGAUGACGGACGCUCUGGAGAACGUUUACCGUGCAGAAAGCCAUGCCCAACUUUUGCAGAGCCACGCAAACUCCCUGCACUCCCUGUUGUCGGCGUGUAACGUGUCUCAGAACGGCAGCCGAUUGGUUCAGCUCGACAGUGACAUCACAGAACGAGUUGACUCCGCCCAGCGGGUUGCCUCGAUUGCCCACGUCUCUGCCCUCCUUGCUGUCAAUAUGACCAUCCUAUCAGAGCAGCUGCUGUCAGAGGAGGGUGGAGCCAAACUCAACAUCAGCUCUGCUGUUUUGGAAGAAAGUCAACAAAUCAACAAGACGGCUGAAGACCUGCAGCUGACUGCGUUGAUGUUAACCAGCAGACUGGGAUUGGUCAGAGACAGUGUCCAUAAUUUCAGCCUCCUCCUCAAUCAGCCAAUCAAAGAGCUGCAGAGCCUCUCUAAUGGCUCUUCCUCGACGCUGCAGCGGGCUCAGCUUCAGGCUGCGACAGCGCGCUUCAGCCUGCAGGAGGCUCUAGUUCGGCUGCACAGAUUCCGACAGCAGCUGCAGGAUUCUUCUUCUGUGGUGGAAAACACCAACGACACAGUGAGGGAGACGAACCGGCUGGUGACUCACUCACACACUACAGCCAAUGAGGCGCAGCGUAAGAUGGAGGAGGCGGAGCAUCGUACGGAGCAUCUGAUGGGCCGAAUAAAGCCGCUGAGCAUGCUGGGAGAAACACUAAGCAGGAAUCUGUCUGACAUCAGAGAGCUGAUCGACCAGGCCAGAAGACAGGCUGCCUCGAUUAAGGUGGCGGUGCAGGUGGACAGAGACUGUGUUCGAUCCUACAAACCACAGAUUCAGUCCAGUAACUUCAACACUCUGAGCCUGAUCCUGAAGACGUCCAGUCCAAACAACCUUCUGUUCUACCUGGGCAGCAACACCACGGUGGACUUCCUGGCAUUAGAGAUGCACGAUGGGAAGGUCUCUCUGGUUUGGGAUGUAGGUUCAGGCAGCACCAGACUGGAAUUUCCCAGACUGGACAUCACCAACAACAAAUGGACGAGAAUCAACGCUACACGAUUCGGGGCCCACGGCUCGCUGUCGGUCCAUCAGCUGGAGUCAGAUUUGGCUCCGUUACCCGCGGUAACAGCAACAUCACCGGGAUUGUCCAGAGUUUUAGAUAUUGACAGAAACACUGUGAUCCACAUCGGAGGACUGGGAACUGCAACUCAGACCCCCACAGCGCUGCGGUCCUCCACCUUCCAGGGCUGCCUGGGCGAAGGAUCACUCAACGAGAAAAACAUCGGACUGUGGAACUAUGACAGCAGAGAGGGAGAGUGUGGAGGCUGUUUCAGCAGUCCCCAGGCGGAGGGGACAUCCUUCCAUUUUGAUGGGUCUGGAUUUUCAUUGGUUCAGAAAUCUCUGCGAGCAACCUCCACGUCUAUCGUCCUGCUGUUUAAAACACUGUCGCCAGGCGGAUUACUGCUGUACCUGGCCUCCAACAACACUAGGGACUUCCUGUCCAUGGAGCUGGUGGAGGGGCAUGUCCGUCUGACCUUUGACCUUGGCUCAGGUGCUCUGAUCAUGACUUCCAACAGGAAGUACAACACUGGAGUGUGGUACAAGAUCACACUGCAGAGGAACAAACGCAAAGGUUACCUGUCCAUCAUGGCAGCCGACCAAUCAUCAGAGAAGGAGGUGUUGGAGGCGGAGUCUCCUGGAACAGCCUCCGACCUGAAUCGCUCCGACCUUGACCCCAUCUACAUCGGCGGACUUCCUGCCUCCAGACCAAUUAGGCGACAGGUGGUCUCCAGAUCAUAUGUGGGCUGUAUAAAGAAUGUGGAGAUCGCUCGGUCUAACUUUGACCUGCUGAGAGAUGCAUUCGGAGUCAGGAAAGGCUGUGUACUCAAGGCGGUGCGGAGUGUGUCGGUGUUGGCCGGAGGCUUUGUUCAAGUCGCUCCUCGGUCAUUUGGUCAGGAGGCGGAGUUUCUCUUCUCCUUUUCCACAAACAACCAAUCAGGAGUCCUGCUGGCUGCCUUCAAUGAGGACCGAACACAGCGACAGAACUUCCUGUCUGUCCACCUGGUCUCAGGUGCUUUGGAGGCAGAGCUUGGUGAGGUGGGGGGGUCUAUUCGGAGGGUGAUAAUGGUGAAACCUGAUGGAGGAUCCUUCAGUGACGGAACAAAACACUCUGUUAUUAUCACCAUCAACAGGAAAUCUCUAUCCAUGCAGGUGGACGAGGAGCAGGUGAAGUCCGUCCCUCUGUUGCCAAGUGGAUUUUCUCGUUUGUCUCCAGCCUCUUUCUUCAUUGGUGGGCUGCCAUUAGGGGAGGAGUUUCAUCUGCCAAUUAGAUUACAAGACAUGUCCAGAUCGUUCAGAGGCUGCGUCCAACACCUGGUGGUGGGAGGAAUGCUUGUCGACCUAUCAGGAGCUGUGAGAUAUGAGGGGGUGGAGCUUGACAGCUGCUUAUUGGAAGAGAGAGUCGGGGGUGUGGUGCUCCUUGAUGACCAGGAUGUAGAACCAACUCAUGACCCUGCUGAGUUGACUGUAGUACCACCCACACACUUGAGUGCCCUGACGCCGGGGGCACUAACGUGUGCUUCGGACACGGAGCCAACCUUCCUGCCAUCAGCCGCUCAGUUCGGUUCAUCAAGAAACAGUCACAUGACCUUCAUCAUAAAUCCGACUACUGUCAGAAGAAGUGUGUCGGUCAGGUUGUCGGUUCGAAGCCGAGCUCUGGAUGGGCUGAUCCUGCUCCUCUCUGACUCCAAACAGAUGGACUUCAUCCUCCUCAGACUGAUGAGGGGGAGGCUGAUGAUGUCAGCUGACCUUGGGAAAGGCCCCGCCUCCAUCACCUCAUCUGUCACCAUUAAUGACGGAGAGUGGCACACUGUGAGCGCUGAGCUCAGCCGGCGGUCGCUGUCAGUGUCAGUUGACGGUUCGAGUCCGGACUCCACAUCAGUUAAAGGAAACCAGCUGGACGUGGACAGCAGGCUUUACCUGGGAGGACUGCCGCACGCACACACAACCAAGAGGAUUAAUGUCAGCAGCAGUUUUUCAGGUUGUGUUCGCUCUGUCAGUCUGAAUGGAGCCACGAUGGACCUGUCCAAGCCAGCCUCACAGCAUGAUGUCACUUCCUGUUUCACCAAUGAGCAGACAGGAAGUUACUUUAAUGGGAGUGGAUACGCUGCCCUCAUGCGUGAUGGUUAUAAGGUUGGCUCAGAUGUGUCAGUGUCUCUGGAGUUUCGAACAAGUCAAUCCGAAGGAGUAUUUCUGGGAAUCAGUAGUUCUAAGGUCGACGCCAUCGGACUGGAGAUGAUCAAUGGACAGGUGGUGUUUAAUGUGAAUAAUGGGGCGGGUCGAGUGUCGGUGCGUUCGAUUGGUCAGAUGUUGUGUGAUGGACAGUGGCACCGCCUGCUGGCCAGGAAAACUAAACACACCCUGAGCCUGACUGUAAAUGAGCGGAGUUACACCACACCCAACCCUUACCCACAGUCCACCUCUGCUGAGACCAACAACCCUGUUUACCUGGGAGGCUAUCCAGUUGGCGUAAAGCAGAACUGCCUUUCGAUAAGCUCCAGGUUCAGAGGUUGCCUGAGGAACCUGCAGCUUGUCAAGUCUCACCUGACUGACUCGCUUGACCUGAGCUCCGCGCACUUCCGUUUGGGUGUCACUCCUAACUCGUGUCCUGUUGCCUAGCAAUGCUCAGACAGGCUCUGAUUGGUCCACAGACAUCCACAGCUUCAGUGUUUCUCCACAGAACAGAGAAUAAAGAUGAAUCUGUAGUCUGAAACAUUUCGUAAACAGCCGAAGGUAUU